AUGUUGCAACCUCAGCUCCAUCUUGAUGAUACUACUAGUAAUCGAAGGAACCAUGACACGCCAGUAUCCCAAACGAAGAAUCGCCAAGGUGACGUUCCUUUGGAUCCUUUGGUAACUCUGCAAACUACAAUGGACCAUCAAACAGGGGCUGACACUCCCAUGGGAGCUGCUGCCAGUCGAUCGUCGGUUGCUUCCAUUUGUUUUGUACCACAAAUUCAUAAUGGUGAUAACGAAGAACAGAACGAAGAUGGUAACGAUGACAGCAGUGCCGGCAGCAGUAGCAGCAGUGACAACGAUGAUGGUGGUUCCAUUACGUUUCAGUGCUCCCGCAUACUGCAAUCUGAGAGCCUUGCCAAAAAUGAUCCUACACGAACGGCUCGACAGCAAGCGGCCGCUACAUCACUGCUUAUGGGACGAUAUUUGGCAUCCUGCCAUGCUAAUGGGGACUGCAUCUUGUGGGAUUUGUCCAAGAGACAAGCAACUACUGCACAUUUCAUAAAUGAAAGAGGACCUGGAUGGUCCUUGCAGCGACUGGACGACAAUCAACGCUUUCUCUAUCAGACACGAGACUCAAGGGGGACCGUCUCUUUGCAUCAUUGGGAAGGUGGAAAUAAUGACAAUAAUAUUGCCACCACUCUAUCUUCCAUUCCAACCCAUUCACAAACUUUCUGCGCGGCGGCUCCCUGUCAUUCCAAUCCAAAUUUGGUCGCCUUGCCCUCUGCUGAUGAUGCCGUUGCCACCAUUCGAGAUUGGAGAAUCAACCCAACCGCAUCGCCCGUGGCAAUCUUUCCAGGAGCGGGACUUGUUCCCAAGGAGCAAGAUGAUGUCAUGGCGAUGGACCACGAAGGAUACUUUGCCAGUCGUCGACGACAUGGAAUGUUAUCCAGCCUCGCCUUUUCCGAGUCGACUAUCAUCUCAGCAGGCGAUAUUAGUCGACCCAUUGUGGCAUGUGGAAUGGAAUCGGGGACUGUGUUCUUUCAUGAUUUACGCAUGUUGAUGGAUCAUAAAGAAACAGCAACCUCCCUUGCUACUGUCAGCAGCAUCAAGCUCUCCACUGAUCCAGUACUGGCAUUGGAUAUGACACCGUCUCAUGGUCCACAAGCAAAAGGAGUCGUGGCAAUUGCGGGCAUGGCAGGGGAAAGUAUGGGACAGCAAGAGCUACCGGAAGAAGAGCAAGGGACAGUGGCCAUUCUCAAAGCCACUAUUGGGUCUUCUGCUGGUGACAAAAACAACAACAAUAGUAUUCAAGUGCGUGUCCGGUCAAGGAUCCCUACUUGUCGUACAGGUAAACCCGGAAUCAACCGCCUUCGAUUUCAACCAGGUGGUGGACGACUGUUUGCCGUGGCAGGAUGGGAUCAACGGUUACGAAUCAUGGAUCGAGCUGCCAUCAACAGCCGCGACAAGUCACAUCUCAAGGCCAUUUUACGAGGACAUGACAACAGCGUGUCCACAAUGGAUUGGGCACCCGACAGCAACCAGUCUGGAUUGUGUGCCACGGGAGCGGCCGAUGGGAAAAUUCACAUCUGGAGGUGUUUUUCAAAGGCAAAAGAAUAA